AUGCUCCCAUUCAAUUUCCUGCUAGUCGUCUCACUCUUCCUUAUCCUCCCAUUGACGCUAUGCGCGGAGGACUACUAUAAGAUCCUGGGCGUGGACAAAUCCGCUGCGGAGCGAGAUAUCAAGCGCGCUUAUAGGACGUUGAGUAAGAAGUUUCAUCCUGAUAAGAAUCCGGGGGAUGAAUCUGCAAAAAAGAAAUUCGUCGAUAUCGCUGAAGCCUACGAAGUGCUUUCUACAAGUAGCACGAGGAAGAUAUACGAUCAAUACGGCCACGAGGGGUUAGAACAACAUAAACAAGGCGGCAAUCGUGGUGGUCACGCCGGCGAUCCUUUCGAUCUUUUCUCUCGCUUUUUCGGUGGUGGAGGACACUCGGGCCAUGGCGGCGGGCAUAGGAAGGGACCUGACAUGGAAGUCAAACUGACCCUGCCGCUACGCGAUUUCUAUACUGGGCGCGAUCUGGAGUUCAAUGUUGAGAAGCAACAGAUUUGUGAAUCGUGCGAGGGGUCCGGAUCGGCGGAUGGAGUGGUUGAGACGUGCGAUAAGUGUGGCGGAAGGGGGAUAGUGAUUCAGAAGCAUAUGAUUGCGCCGGGGAUGUUUCAACAGGUUCAAUCGCAUUGUGAUAAGUGCGGCGGCAAAGGGAAAUCAAUCAAAAAGCCGUGCCCUGUUUGUCAUGGUCAACGCGUUGUGCGCAAAACGACCACGAUAUCGGCUACGGUAGAGAAAGGGAUGAGUAAAGGGUCGCGCUUGACGUUUGAGAAUGAAGGGGACGAAAGCCCCGAUUGGGUUGCGGGCGACCUGAUUGUUAUAUUGGCCGAGCAAGAGCCUGCGCUAGGGGUUAACGACGGUGAGAGAACGGACGGGUCGUUUUUCCGUCGCAAGGGCAAGGAUUUGUUCUGGAAGGAAGUCUUGUCUCUCCGAGAGGCGUGGAUGGGUGAAUGGACGCGCAAUCUGACGCAUUUGGACGGCCAUGUUGUGCAACUCUCCAGAAAACGGGGGGAGGUUGUCCAACCGCUGGCUGUGGAGACCGUGACGGGUCAGGGCAUGCCGAUUUAUAGAGAGGGACAUUUACAUGACCAUGACCAUGAUGAUGACAAUGGUGAAGAGUACGGAAAUUUGUUCGUGGAAUAUACAGUUGUCUUGCCGGAUCAGAUGGAGAGUGGCAUGGAGAAGGACUUUCAUGCUUUGUGGCAGAAGUGGAGGAGGAAGAAUGGGGUUGAUUUGUUGCAGGAUUCGGGACGGCCUGUCCCUGUUGAUCAUCAAGACGGGCAUAGUAAGGAUGAGUUGUGA